GAGGGGGCGGGGUGGCCACGGUUUCGCGCCAAGCUUAGUUCACGGUUGCAGUGUGGCUAGCCAGCUCCGAGGAUCUUGGUGCCGCCGUCAUGGUUCGUACCCUAAACUGCAUCGCCGCGGUGUCCCAGAACAUGGGCAUCGGCAAGAACGGAGACCUGCCGUGGCCCCCGCUCAGGAAUGAAUUCAAGUAUUUCCAAAGAAUGACCACAACGACUUCGGCAGAAGGUAAACAGAAUUUGGUGAUUAUGGGUAGGAAGACCUGGUUCUCCAUUCCCGAGAAGAGUCGGCCUUUAAAGGACAGGAUUAAUUUAGUUCUCAGUAGAGAACUCAAUGAACCUCCAAAAGGAGCUCAUUUUCUCGCCAAAAGUCUGGAUGAUGCCUUAAAACUUAUUGAGGAACCAGAAUUAACAAAUAAAGUGGAUAUGGUUUGGAUAGUGGGAGGCAGUUCCGUUUAUAAGGAAGCCAUGAACAAGCCCGGCCCUCAACGACUCUUUUUGACAAGGAUCAUGCAGGAAUUUGAAAGUGAUACAUUUUUUCCAGAAAUUGAUUUGGAGAAAUAUAAACUUCUCCCAGAGUACCCAGGUGUUCUUUCUGAUGUCCAGGAGGAAAAAGGCAUUAAGUACAAAUUUGAAGUGUAUGAAAAGAAUGAGUAAUGUGAAGGUGUUUUCUGAUUCAUUUCAAGUUGUUCCCCAUCCCCUCCAAUUAUAUAUUUAACAUUAGAAAAAGAUAUUUCUGUUAAUUAGAUCUGUGGAUAAUUAUUUCUAAGCAAUGUAUUUUUAAUAAUUAGUUUUCAUCUGAAC